AUGACCAGGGUGAGAUUGAUUGGUGCGAAAAGGAUUUGCCAGUUGCCUGUGGUAAGUUCAGACUUGGGAGUACUGAAGAAGAAAUCACAGAUCAUCGUAUAUUUUCAGGUGCAUUGCAGAAAAGGCAAGGGUGAAGGCUCUUUUCUGGUAUAUCCUAGGAAGGGCGAAACUUGGGCCAUCUACCAGAACUGGGAUAGUGGAUGGAGUUCUGAGCCGGAAAAGCAUGUGCCCUACACAUAUGAGUUUGUUGAAGUCUUGACAGAUUUUGUCGAAGCUGUUGGAAUAGGAGUUUUUUAUUUGGACAAAGUGAAAGGGUUUGUGAGUUUAUUUGAGCAAAAAAUCGAGCAGCACGGGGUUGUCAUGUUUCAAGUACCACCUCAUGAGCUAUACAGAUUUUCUCAUCAGACUCCCUCUUUCAAAAUGACUGGUUGUGAAGGACAAGGUGUUCCCCCAGUAUCCUUUGAGCUUGAUCCUGCUUCUUUGCCCACCAGCAUUUUUGAUGCAAGUGAUCCAACUCACCUGGAAAUGGAUGAUAGAAGCAAGAAAACUGAAGCUGAUGGUUUGUCUUGUGGAAAAGUCGAUUCUGUAACUGCAUGCACAGCAGCAAAGGUAUGA